ACGUGUCCUGUUGGUGCGUGUGUCUUGGAAUUGAAGCAAAGACACAUAACUGCUGCUCUUGCUUUCCCUGCCUUUGCCCUUGCAGCUUUUUUUCCCUUCCCUUUUUUAGGACUGCUGUGGUACAGAAGGAACUUGGGAUGGCGCUCCUGCCCCGUAUCUCCUCCAAACUGCCCCCUGAUAUCGACCCCACGAAAGCCCCCAUUGCCUAUGGCAGAAGGGGUCUCCCAAAACUGAACGAGGAGCUGGAAGACCCCGACCUGCUGACCCGGCAGCGGGCGCUGAUGGCCCUGUGUGAUUUGGUGCACGACCCAGAGAAUGUCUACGAAGCCAUUAGACUCGGAUUUCUAGAUAAUUUGAAGACGUUGCUUUUAGAUGAAGACAGCACCGUGCGACGGAAAACAACAGAGGUUCUUUAUAUUAUGGCAACGCAUUCUGUUGGCAGGACUGGCUUCAUAGAAAAUGGAGUCAUCCCAGCUUUGGCACAACUUUUGGAUGAUCCUGUUGACAUCUGCCGGUGGAAUAUGCAUUACGCACUGAAACUCGUGUCAGAAUUGCCUCUAGGAGCCUGCGGGAUUGUGGAGAGCGGCUUGGUUCCCUCGCUGGUCUUCAAGCUGAAGACGGAGCUGGAGGAUAUCCAGGUGCUGAUCUUGGAGACACUGACAGGCUGCUUGCGGGUGGAGGCCUUCGAGGCCCUGGCCACAGGAGCCGUCCGCAUCCUGAAGGAGCUGCUCAGCCAUUCGGGGGUGAACAUCAGGAGCAGGGCAGCUCAGGCCUUGAUGGCCAUCAGUGUCCCACUGGAAGGGAAGAACAUGGUCUUUGAAGAAGAUGUUUUCCCAGACCUUGUCCAGCUUCUGGAAGAUGAAGACGCCGAGGUCCGAGCCAACGCUGCCGGGGCGCUGAUGAAUUCAGCCAUCACCACCCAAGGGAAAUACGCAGCCAUCAAUGCGGACGCCAUCGACACGCUGCUGCCCUUGAUUCACGAUGAGAGGAGCAAAGUCCGCCUUUACUCCAUCAAGGCCCUGACCAUGUUGUCAGAGGCCCCGGAGGGCCGGAAGGUCUUGCUGGGCCACGUGGGCGAAUUCCGGAAGAGGCUGAGCGAUUCCAGCCCAGCUGUGAGGAGGGCGGCACAGAUUGCGGUGGAAGUCAUUGAGUGGAAGCCAUAGGGAACAGGCUGACGGGGACCUCGGAGAGCAACGCAAUUGACAAUAAAG